CUCUGAAGUCGCAGCGGAUUGAUGUGAGGGCGAUACAAAAAGGGGGAGAGAAAAAAAAUAUACAAACCCGGCGAAUUUCGUGUUCCCAGGCUGCCUAACAUACCUGCAUUCUUCAAGCGAGCGACUAAACCUGGGAAAUGGCGUCCGAAACCCGGCUUCGGAGCUGAUUUUAGCGAGGUUUGGAGCCGUUGUUUCUAGGGAGGGUGGUCGCCGUGUUGAACGGGGGUGUUUAACCAGAUAAGAGAGGGAGUUCUGCCCCGCUGGCUUCUGUCUGCAUCAAGUGGAUGAUUUAUAAGCAAGCAGAGGAGGUGCUCUUUAAUCUGCCAAGAUGAGCAGGCUUUGGAGGAGAGAUGUUCCCCUGGUGGUCCCUGGCUCCUCUGUGGGGGAGGUUGCCCCUGGCCCUCACUCCACGGCCACCCCGACCAGCCCCAACAUGUCAUGGAUCCCUGAGGAGCCCGUCACCCCGCUGGGGGAGCCCUUCUUCCUCAUGACCACCUCGGCACAGGCCAUCUCCGGCUUCUUCGUGUGGACAGCACUGCUCCUCACCUGCCAGCAGAUCUACAUGCACCUGCGCUACUACAACUCCCCGAACGAGCAGAGAUACAUCGUGAGGAUUCUCUUCAUCGUUCCCAUCUACGCCUUCGACUCCUGGCUCAGUCUGCUCUUCUUCACCAAUGACCAGUACUACGUCUACUUCGACACGGUCAGGGACUGCUACGAAGCUUUUGUGAUCUACAAUUUCCUGAGCCUCUGCUAUGAAUUCCUCGGAGGGGAGAGCGCCAUUAUGUCAGAAAUCAGAGGGAAGACGAUUGAGUCCAGCUGUAUGUACGGAACCUGCUGCCUCUGGGGAAAGACCUACUCCAUUGGCUUCCUGCGUUUCUGCAAACAGGCGACUCUGCAGUUCUGCGUAGUCAAGCCCUUGAUGGCGAUGAUUACUGUGAUACUGCAAGCUUUUGGGAAAUACAAGGAUGGGGACUUCAACGUGGCCAGCGGAUACCUCUACGUGACGAUCGUCUACAACAUCUCGGUGAGCCUGGCUCUGUACGCGCUCUUCCUCUUCUACUUCGCCACUCGGGAGCUGCUCAGCCCCUACAGCCCGGUGCUCAAGUUCUUCAUGGUCAAGUCUGUCAUCUUCCUGUCCUUCUGGCAAGGCUUGCUGCUGGCUGUCCUGGAGAAGUGUGGAGCGAUCCCGAAGAUCAGUUCAGUGGAGGUGUCGGUGGGAGAGGGCACGGUGGCCGCCGGCUAUCAGAACUUCAUCAUCUGCGUGGAGAUGUUCUUCGCUGCCAUCGCCCUGCGCUACGCCUUCACCUACAAGGUCUAUGUGGACAAGCAGCUCGUCACUCAGGGAAUACUUCCUUCCUAUGGGCCCUAUGGUCGUUGCGCCCCGAUGAAAAGCAUCUCCAGCAGUCUGAAGGAGACCAUGAACCCUGGAGACAUUGUCCAGGAUGCCAUCCACAACUUCUCCCCUGCUUACCAGCAGUACACCCAGCAAUCCACACUGGAGCCGGGCCCGGGCUGGCAGCAUGACAGACACGCCGUGUCACGCACUCACAGCGUGGCGAGCAUGAGGGACAACGAGAAGACACUGCUGCUGAGCUCUGACGACGAGUUCUGAGUGAGGACAGAAGAGAGGCGUGCGCGCACACACACACACACACACACACACACACACACACACACACCUAAACAAAACUGGCUCGAGGAGAAGGGUCGUUUGGAACCAUUGUCAAAAGUCAAGCACCAGACAACUAGUGCCAUCUGUUGGAGAGUAGGAACUAAUGCAUUCAAUCCAAUGUUUUAUUGUUCACAAAUCUUUUUGAAAUAACACACAUAACCCCUUUUAAAUACACUACGCCCAAAUGAGUUCAGAAAGCAGCCUAGAGGUUUUAUCCUACACAGUUUUAUAUUAUGCAGUUCCCUUUUAUGUGUGAAGCUGUUGUUUUUAUGGCUUGUCUGCUUUUACAUCAUUUCCGCGUUUUUACAGAAAGUUAGACAAAUUCUGCAUUGCCUCAAUUGCACCCACACUCAAUUCACAUACAAACGCAGAACUCUACACAAAGUAGCCCCGUUUUUAGGAUUGCUGCAAGGGUCCUGAAACUGCCAAUUGUCCAACCUGUUAUUCCAAAGGGUUUGCCAGUCUGUUGAGCUGAAACCCCAGUGGUUCAUUCCAGCGCUGCUUUUCCACAUUGUAAAAUGUUUGCACUCGUUUUUCAAAAGGUUUAACAAGCAGAGUGCUAACCAGAAGCUUCCCUGUUCUUGCAGCAUCUUUGCGCUAACAUCGUUGCUUAUUAGGCAAGAACAUUUAUUUUUAAACCCGAGGUGUGUUCUCAGUUACUGGGUAUGAGAAACACUGUUCUCAAGGGCAGCACUUGAUGUGUAAUAGGUUAUACCCAGCAGGUGGUGGAGUAAGAAUUGAAUACCUGCCAGCUAUAGCACACCUUGUGCAUUUUUUCUCUAGUGUAAUUUUUGUCCCUUUUUAU